AAGUUGGCAGUGAUGAUGAAACCGGAAGGCGAUCAAGACGUAUACCAUGUUCUUUAAACUUCAAAACUUGUACUAUUGUGCUGCUCUACUACUAAUUCAGUUGACAUUAGUCACCCAGCAGUUGGUUCCUUACAGCGGAGCUACUCGUUUUGUUCCUAAUUGGUGGACUGCAGCAAGACGUCAGCAUUCAACCAAAACAUUAAAGCCUCUUAUCUUUUGUCCAGUUCAUCAAGCGGCAGGCGGAGAGUGUCGCAAUUCCGAGGAUUGCUCUGCAGACGAGUGCUGCGUCCGCUCUACGGGGUCCCGUCUGCACCGGUUCUGUUUGCCGUUGCGUCAGACGGGCGAAGCUUGUCGACUCACUCAAAAUCUUGUUGAUCCAUCACAUGAACAACAUCACGUCUAUUUGAACCUCUGUCCCUGCACCAACGGCCUGGUCUGCCGUGAAAUUCACGGCGGAUGGGUUGAUGCCGAAUGCGUUGCAUCACGCAAUCCGGCUGACCUACUUCGCCACUCUUUCCUCCAAGCCAUUUUGAACGCUAUGAAACAGCGCCGACAGCAGUCGAAUAGUCGGCGCAACCGAAUUCCCGUCAAUUCGUUUUCAAAUUAAGGUUUAUUUUCUUUUUUGAUACGGCGCGUUGACCUUUUCACCGAUUCCGGGUGUUGCAAUACAAGGAAUGUCCGUUUCCCCCCCCCCUAUCUCACGAUAAGUCUAAUAUGUAAUAUAACGGAAAUAACCAC